AUGAAUCGAUUUGGCCAUAGCUGUUCGUACAAAGCUAUCGUACGGUUACAUCAAGAAGCAGCCGAUAUAGUGGCCAAUUCACCAUCAUCAUCAUUACCAUCAAAUACACAACAGCAACAGCAGUUUAUAGUAAAAGUCGCUGACAAUUUUGAUUUAAACAAGGAUAGUUUACAUGGUGAAAACAGUAUCCAUAUUUUGAAUCAAAUCCUCGUUCAAACGUCGGAAAACGAUGAAUUAUUUAUAGAUGUAUCAAAAUGUUUAAACCAACUUUGUGAUAAUAUUGUAAACCUAGAUUCAAGAAACUCAACAACUUCGUUUCUCAUACCAUCAACAAAAACUACUACGUCAUCAGCAAGAAAACAAUAUGCACCAUAUGAACCGUUUGUCGACGACUCGUAUAAAACAAUAUUGUUAGCCUAUGGUGUAUCGAAACUGGCAUGUGAUCAUAGCAGUAAUUUGACAACAGUUUUCAGUGGUCCAAAACACGUUUUACCGUUACUGGCUGGGUUUUGUGCAACCUAUCUACAACAUGUUCAACGGCCGUUGCAUACGGUGUCAUUUUGCAUACCGAUUAAUGCAGAUCCAACUUCACUACCAACAGCCGAAUUAUGUCUUCGAACAACAAAAUCCUCAAUCCUCGAUUCAAAUUAUCAACAAGAAGCCGUGGUUGUGGUGGACGAAAAAAUUUAUCGUAACUGUAUUAAGGCAAAAGGGCUCAACUCUAUCGAAUUUGAAGACAUAACAAUUUAUGCUGGUGAUUUCCACUUAAUGAAAAAUUUUCAAAUUGUUAUUUGGGAUGUUCUAACCGGUUCAGGUAUCGAGGACGUUUUGGGCUGUAUUUACAAAGGUGCAUCGUUAAAAUCAAUAUGGAAUGUGCAUCAUUUUAACAAAAGCUUGCGUUGCUGCAAGCUAUUGUAUACGGCCUUAUCGAUAUUAUUUCUUCGAUCGUUCUGCGAAGCCCUACUAACCACGGCCACGUCAUCAUCAUUAUCUCCUUCCAUCAUCAACAUAUUACAGGAAACAAUAACUGAAAUUCCAUCCGAAUAUGCCAUCGAUGAUAUAAAACAAAAAUGGUUCAAUCGUUUAUUAAACAGCAUUGAUAAAUUACGAUUAUCAUCGUUGGUCGACGAAUGGGCAAAAGAUAACUGUCAAAAAAAUGUGACAUUCAAAUUUUGGUGUUUUAUUUUGCACUAUUUGUUGCAACCAUUAAUCACAAUGUACAUGUCUAUACGAAUGUCAAAUUUUGAAGGUCGAAAUGCAUCAUUGUGUCAAAUGGCACCCAUAUUCUUCGCCACAAAUCAUCGAAACUACGCCCGUCUGAGCGCACGACAUUUGAUCAAUCUUCGUGCAAGUUCUGGAUACAUACAGCAACGAUUAAAAAAAUCCUUUGCCGUCAACCGUACCAACCGUCCGUUUUCGUUCAUAGCACUUGAUCAAACGAUUGAAUGUUCCAUUAACAAAUUUGGUAAAUCCUAUGGUGGUAUAACUGGAAAAUUCAAUCCCCAAUUGAUCGAUAUUUGGGUCCAGUCGUUCGCUUAUCGUUCUUUAAUGACAUCGAUCACCCACGAAAUCGCAGGGUUAGAAACAAGAAACAACACCAUCGAUGCUCAUGUAGAAUGUGCACCCCAACGAAUAAUCAAUGAUGACAAAGAUUUAACAGCAAUUAUUUUGAAGUUAAAAGAUGAAAAACUGUUUACCAUCGAAAAUCAGCAUUGUCGAAAAAUAUUAUCGGGGUUGAUAAUCCACAAUGAUAUUAUCGACAAUAUAUGCAGCUCGUAUGAACGUGGAUUAAAGGCAAUGUCAACUUACAUUCAAGAACGUUAUAUUGAUUGUAACAUUCACGUCGAUGAGCGAUUAUCAGCAAUGAAGCGGUUGAAACUAGUUGAUGCUGCUACGUAUUCACCGGGUAAUAUAUUAAAACGAUUAUCAAUGAAGAAAAACAAUGAAUGCGCAACGAAUCAAUUUGUCAAAGCAGCCGAUGAGCAGAUACGAAAAAUUAUCGUGUUAUCUGAAUUCAGAGAAUUGCGAUUAGACUCAUUAUUUUCGUUCGAAUUUUCACCGGCACCGUUUUCAUUAUGUGACAGCCAAAAUAUUAAUUUUUUCAACCAACAGAAGAAAUCGUCAAUAGUGGAUUAUUUCAAAGAACAGUUUCCAACAGCUUUUUCAACAACGGAGUCAACAAUAACAAAUAACAGCAAUUAUGCAUCAAUUAUCGAUGGUGGUAGUUUAUUGGAGAUUAAACCAUUAACAGCUAACUGUACCGUCUACGAUUAUGCUAAACAACUAUUCGAGAAAACGAUUCUUCCGCAAUUCAAAUCAUUUUACCGAAUAGACAUCAUCUUCGAUUCAGCCAAGAGCAGAAGUGUCAAAUCGUUCACCAAACGUCAUGGUAACGAUGAUAACUCACAAGAAAAAUAUGAUUUAAAAAUCGACGACAUACUCGAAACGCGAUAUCAUCAUUUCGUUCAUAAAAAUCGCGCAGCGUUAGCUCAACGCCUACGAGAUUGUUGGUGUCAACCUACUUUAUUUGAAUUAAUUCCAAAUAACAAAAUAGUGGUGGUUGCUGGCCCGGAUACAGAGGCAGUGGCAUUAAAGAAAAACAAAAUGCCAUUAACGAAAGAAUUAUUGGAAUCCGAACAUGUUGAAGCCGAUACAAGGCUCUUCCUACACGUUUAUGAUAUAAGAGCCGACGAAGAGGAUCAUGAUCGUCGUUGCGAUGGGAUUCUGGUACAAGCAGCCGAUACAGACAUAAUUUUAUUAUCGAUUGCAUUUUCAAAGUUAAUUAAAAUUAUGCAAAUACCAAAUUUUGUUAUCAAAUCAUUUAAUACUUGCACAAAAACGCACACGUUCAUUGAUAUUACAAAAAUUGGUAAACAACUACUCGAUCGGAUACAGAUAAAACCGAGCGUAUUAUUAGUACUGCAUGGUUUAUCCGGUUGCGACUCGACGUCGUUCAUUAAAAAUAUCACGAAAAUCAAUUUUUUUCGUACCUAUUUCAACAAUCCACAGCUAUAUAAACAGCUGAUUGAUUUUGGUGAAAGCACAACAGUAAUACAACAACCAUUGGAAGCUGCUGAACAAUUAUUAAUAUCAUGUUACACAAAUAAAAAUGCUGGAGUUGGUUCAAAAUCGUCAUUAGAAACGACGACACAACAAUUCACAUCCUUGGAUCAAUUAAGAAAAUCCAUGGCCAUUACAUUUUUUAAGCAAAAAACAAAGAAAAGUAUUGCAUUGGAUCUACUUCCGACCACUGAUGCCUUUUAUUUACAUUGUGAACGAGCAUGGAAGCAAGUUUAUAUAUGGAAAAAUUCAUUCGAACCUUAUCUCGUUGAAAUGCCAGAAGAACAAUAUGGCUACGAAAAAGUGAAUGAUCAGAUAUCAAUAAAAUGGAGAUCGAAGCCUCCAAUGCCAGCUAAUGUAUCAUUGUCAACAUGUGGUAAAUGUGUAUCAGGAUGUAAACGUUGUAAAUGUGGUUCAAAUGGCCUGCGCUGCACAAUCUACUGUCAAUGUUCGCGUGAUAAAUGUACAAAUGGUUCAAAUAUUCAACAUGUACAAUCAAUAUCAAUCGAUAGAUUUUAUGAUGACGAAGAAGAUGAUGAUGGUGAUGAUGAUAUUAGUGAUGAGGAAGAGGAAGAGGAAGAGAAGGAAGAAUUUAUAAAAAACUUGUGUACCGCCUAA